AUGCCUUGCAGCUUGUGGGAUGAGGCAGAGACAGCUGCAUAUUUGGAGUCAUACGAGGUCCACGACCUUUUCGCUCACUUGCUGCGGCAGGUCCUGGUGGAGCGGCCAGAAAACCCCAUCAAAUUCUUCCAGGAGUGCUUGAAAGAGCAACCCAAGCUUUGCAUUUGCAUCAUGGGACCACCUGGAGUGAAUCGAUCCAAGUAUUGUCAGCAAGUUGCAGCUGACUACAAACUGAAGCAUGUGCACGUCGGCAAGCUGUUGAGGGCCAGGAAGGAACUCAAAGACCAGAUCAGUGGUGGGAAACUGGUCGCUGAUGAUGUCGUCAUCGAACUUGUCAAGGUGCUUGGCUAG